AUGACGUAUUUUCAUGAGAAGCCCCGGUCCGUAGGCGGUGAAAUCCUUUCGACGCGAGAUACCGAACUAUACUCAACCGGUGCGUCCAUGUUCAACUUAUUCAGUACACCACGUUGUCAGCAACAGAAUACCCCGCGAGCGGUGAUACAGACAGGCGUUCUGCCAGGCGAAUGCUGGGCCUUCAAAGGCAGUAGCGGCAGCGUGGUGAUACGAUUACUUGGCCACGUACACGUGUCCGGGAUCAGUCUCGAGCACAUCUCCUCGUUGAUAUCCCCGACCGGUGAGACCGACACCGCACCUCGAGAUUUCUCUGUUUGGGGUCAGACCGAUUUGGAAGACAAAAUACCCUUCUUAUUCGGCAAGUUCACAUAUCACAAUACUGGUCCUCCGUUGCAAUACUUCGAAGUGCAGGUGAAACAUUUCAUGCAAUUGUUUUUAAUUAAAUAUUCGUCAUCUAAAUUGAAUUCUUUCGCUACGGAAGCCGCAUAUGUACAUUUCCAGAAUUGUAGCCUCAUUUCUCAGAAUGGCGCGUAUACAGAGUGUAAAUUAAUUCGCGCUUAUUCUCUCUCUCUCUCCUCUCAAAUGUAA